CCUGGUCCCCCGACCCCAGUCCCCCGGCCUCGGAGGCUGUGACAAUGGACUAUGACUUUAAAGUGAAGCUGAGCAGCGAGCGGGAGCGGGUCGAGGACCUGUUUGAAUACGAGGGCUGCAAAGUUGGCCGAGGCACUUACGGUCACGUCUACAAAGCCAAGAGGAAAGAUGGGAAAGAUGAUAAAGACUAUGCUUUAAAACAAAUAGAAGGAACCGGAAUCUCUAUGUCGGCAUGUAGAGAAAUAGCAUUACUUCGAGAGCUUAAGCAUCCAAAUGUCAUCUCUCUUCAAAAGGUGUUUCUAUCUCAUGCAGAUAGGAAAGUAUGGCUUCUGUUUGACUACGCUGAGCAUGACCUCUGGCAUAUAAUCAAGUUUCACAGAGCUUCUAAAGCAAAUAAGAAGCCAGUUCAGUUACCUCGGGGAAUGGUGAAGUCACUAUUGUAUCAGAUCCUGGAUGGGAUUCACUACCUGCAUGCUAACUGGGUGUUGCACAGGGAUUUGAAACCUGCUAAUAUUUUAGUUAUGGGUGAAGGUCCUGAGCGAGGAAGAGUAAAAAUUGCUGAUAUGGGCUUUGCCCGGUUAUUUAAUUCACCUUUGAAGCCUUUAGCAGAUUUGGAUCCAGUAGUUGUAACAUUCUGGUACCGAGCCCCAGAAUUACUUCUUGGAGCGAGACAUUAUACCAAAGCUAUCGAUAUUUGGGCUAUAGGGUGUAUAUUUGCAGAACUACUAACGUCAGAACCAAUAUUUCACUGUCGACAAGAGGACAUCAAAACUAGUAAUCCUUAUCACCAUGACCAGCUGGACAGAAUAUUCAAUGUAAUGGGAUUUCCUGCAGAUAAAGAUUGGGAAGAUAUAAAAAAGAUGCCUGAACAUUCAACAUUAAUGAAAGAUUUCAGAAGAAAUACGUAUACCAACUGCAGCCUUAUCAAGUAUAUGGAAAAACAUAAAGUUAAACCAGAUAGUAAAGCAUUCCACUUGCUUCAGAAGUUGCUUACCAUGGACCCAAUAAAGCGAAUUACCUCAGAACAGGCUAUGCAGGAUCCCUAUUUCUUAGAAGACCCACUUCCUACAUCAGAUGUUUUUGCCGGUUGUCAAAUCCCUUACCCAAAACGAGAAUUUUUAACAGAAGAAGAACCGGAUGACAAAGGAGACAAAAAGAACCAGCAGCAGCAACAGGGCAAUAACCACACUAAUGGAACUGGCCACCCAGGGAAUCAAGACAGCAGUCACACACAGGGACCCCCGUUGAAAAAAGUGAGAGUUGUUCCUCCUACCACUACCUCAGGUGGACUGAUCAUGACCUCAGACUAUCAGCGUUCCAACCCACAUGCUGCCUAUCCCAACCCUGGACCAAGCACAUCCCAGCCGCAGAGCAGCAUGGGCUACUCAACUACCUCCCAGCAGCCUCCGCAGUACUCACAUCAGACUCACCGGUACUGAGCUGCGUUGGAAUAUUGUCAAUGCACUGUUGCUAAUGCUGCAGGACUGACUGUGCAGCUCUGCGGGAACCUGGUAUGGGCCAUGGGAAUGUACUGUACAACCACAUAUUCAAAAUGUCCAGUCGCCAAGUUCCACCACUUUUCACAGAUUGGGGUAGUGGCUUCCAAAUUAUACCUGUUUUGGGGUUAGACUUGAACAGAAAGUGCUAGCACGGUUUGUGUUGUGGAUUUGCUACUUCCAUAGUUUACUUGACAUGGUUCAGACUGACCAAUGCAUUUUUUUCAGUGACAGUCUGUAGCAGUUGAAGCUGUGAAAUGUGCUAGGGGCAAGCAUUUGUCGUUGUAUGUGGUGAAUUCUUUCAGUGUAACAACAUUAUCUGACCAAUAGUACACACACAAAAAGUUUAACUGGUACUUGAAACAUAUAGUAUAUGUUAACUCAACAAAAUAACCAAGACUCAAAAUGAGAUUAUUUUGGUACACCUUUCAUCUUAGUGUCUUAUCAGUGGGUUGAUUCAUUUUCUACAUUAAUCAGUGUUUUUUGACCAAGACUAUUGCUUGGGUUUUUUUGAAAGUACAAAAAGCCACAUAGUUUUUCCAGAAAGGUUUCAAAACUCCCAAAGAUUAAUUUCCAACUUAUAAGUUUGUUUUUAUUUUCAAUCUAUGACUUGACUGGUAUUAAAGCUGCUAUUUGAUAGUAAUUAAAUAUGUUGUCAUUGAUAUAAACCUGUUUGGUUCAGCAAACAAACUAAAAUGAUUGUCAUAGACAGUGUUUUACUUUUCCUGUUGGUGUUGCUGAUUUGUGAGCAUGCUUUAAGAUGAAAAAAGCAUGAAUGGUAACUUCCUUAAAAAGGUGCGGCAUCCAAUUCAGAUAUUUUGUCCUGAUUUUAAAGCUGGUUGGUGUAGUGCUAUUAAAAUUUUAUUCAGUUAAUUUCCUUUUUUAAAACUUGUUCGCACGUUGUUUAGGGUGCCCUUGCUUCAGCAAAGGAGAAGGAGUAGGAGAGCCUUAGCAUUUUUGAGGGAAAAAAACCUAUAACAUACAAUGUACUGUAUCAAACUAUUUUACAUGAAUGACACAAGUAUUCUGAAUUUAAAAGAAAUUGAACAUUGUUAAAAACAAGGUGUUAUGUAAUAAAUUUAUUUUUCAUAAAUCAA